AUGGGAAAUAAAAAAAAUCAAAAAACCAAACAAUCAUGUUUGAAGAAGAAAAACAUCGCGAAGAAAAUAUGUUCAAAAAUCACUCGAAGUGAGAAGGGCUUAUUUCUACGAACAAAAAGCAUAGAAGAACAACAGCCGUGUGACGAUACCUCUAACAGGACUCGCGUAUCUUUUAUAACAUUAGAGCCUGUUGAUUUGCCACCUUCUGCAACUAAGUCGUCGAUACCGUCAACUGUUGUACACUUACAAGAUGUUCCUAACGCUACGUUAUCUGCGCCAGAACCAGUUGUUGAUUCUGAAGCCAACAUCAACAAGCCAACAAUAGUGAAAUCUAUUAAACAUCAUAAAACCUCACAGAAUUCUAAAAAUGUGGCUGUGUAUUAUUUAGUUGCAAACGGUGGACGGACUGAACCAGAGCAGAGUGGGAACGGAGCGAGACAGUGCAGCGAUGUCGGUGCGGUGUGCGGCAUACGGCAGGUGUUCACUGCGCACCUGUACCCGAUUGUUGCAUUCCUCCGGCCGUCUCCUGAUUAUCUACUUGGAUUCUACUUCAAUCAACAAACAGUUUAG